AUGAACAUCAACCAGCGAGUGCAAGUGGCAGAGCGUUGGUAGCAGUGAGUUGGGUUAUUGUGAUUACACUAACUGGUGUCUAUUCCGGAAACCUUACUGCGUGGCUCUCAUUACCCAGAUAUCAGCAGCCAAUUGAUACCUUGGCUGACCUUGUGGAGCGACCAGACGUAAUACCUGUUGUCCGCCACAACGAUCCAAACCAUAUGAUGUUUAUAAACAAGACUGAGGGUGUCCUUGGGAUCAUCGCCCGCCGGCUUUCUACCAUUGAAGACACUACAGACUUAGCCAAAGACAUAGUGUAUGGCAAAAUUGCUUACUUUAAUAGUGAAAGGUCGCAUUUAAGCAAAGCAACGGCACUGAAUCAGGCUGAGGGGCGACAUGGUUUUGCAGCCUGCCGUAUCCACAUAGCAUCUCAAGACACACGUCAAGACUAUUUAGGCCUCAUGAUAAAUAAAAACAGUUGGUUCAAGGAGCAGAUGAACGACAGGAUCCGAUGGUUACGUGCAUAUGGCAUAAUAAAACAUCUUUACCUCCAAUUCAAUAAACCUGGCUGUCGUUUGCAAAGAAUUUCUGACCGCAAGGGAAGUUCAAAUAGCCUCACAAUGCGCCAGCUGCAGGGCAUAUGGUGGGUCUGGAUGGUUGGCGUCACUUCUGGUAUGCUCAUCGUGUCCAUUGAAUUUCUAUCUAACAGAUUUAAUAUGGAAGGCAUAAUUGAUUUCCUAUUCAAUUCAUGAAAUGUCUAUGAAAUGGACCGAGUAUGAAAUAAAAUAGAAUGUUUAUUGAAUUACUUAGAUAUACCUGAAAUUUCACACACUACUAUGAGUUUGUAACACACACUCUCUCUCUCUCUCUCUCUCUCUCUCUCUCUCUCUCUCUCUCUCUCUCUCUCUCUCUUGAAUCACGGAUAGAAACCAUUACUUUAGAAGAGAGUGCAUACGAGCGACUUUGUGUUUCAAGUAUUGUGUGUUAUUGUAUA